CUUGUUCUCGUACUAGCUUCCUGAUGCUGCUUUGUGAGCCCCAUAGACCAAGCACCCAAGCUCCUUUGUGAUAACGUUCUUGAAAAAGUUUUCGACCGCCACUUUGGUUAAAUUUGAUCGUCUGGCUUGUCUUGUACGUUAUUUAUCUUCGCGAAAGUCAAUUUCUGGAUAGUCCAAAAUGCCCCGUGCUAAAGGAGAUUCAAACAAACCCCGUGGAAGGAUGACUGCUUAUGCUUAUUUCAUGCAAACUUGUCGAGAGGAGCACAAAAAUAAAUAUCCAGAUGAGAAUGUAGUAUUUCUUGAGUUCUCCAGGAGGUGUGCUGGACAAUGGAAGCUCAUGACGGAAAAUGACAAAAAGAGGUUCCAAGGAAUGGCAGAGCGUGACAAGCUUCGCUUUGAAAAUGAAAUGAGGCAUUACCAACCCCCUCAAGGUGCAACCGGUCGAGGAACCAAACGCAAACAAGUAAAGGAUCCUAAUGCCCCGAAACGCUCCCUCUCGGCUUUCUUCUGGUUCUGUCAUGAUCUGCGCGGACACGUAAAGGAACAGCAUCCCGAAUACACUCUAGGUGAAAUCGCUAAAGAGUUGGGAAGACGUUGGGGAGUUUCAGAUGAUGCUACCAAAGCCCAGUACGCCGCCAAAGCUGAACAAGACAGAGCGCGUUACGAAAGAGAUAUGAAUGCAUACAAGAAAUCGAAAAUGGAACCACACAGCGAGUACUACGAUGAAGAUGAAGAAGAAGAUGACGACGAAUAAGGGGUUUCCUCAGUGCGGGGUUUAUUCUGGUUCUCUUUGUUUCUUUAUAGAUCUUUCUUUCCCUUGUUUUAAGAUUAUAUGUGGACAUGUGGUCAAGAAGACAUUCUUCUCCUGUUUUACAACUGCUUAAGAGAAGGUCUUGGAAGAUUGUUCUUACUUUUUCCUAAUUUUAUUUCUGUGACUGCCUCUGUCAUUUUCCUCCUACUUGCUCGGUAUUCUUAUGUGCGUACAACAACAUGUAAGCGUUGGCAUGCUGAAGCGUGAAGAAAACCAAAAUAAUAUCCACGGAUUGCCCUUUUUUGCAAUACUUCAUGUAAAAACCGGGAAUGUAUUUUUUUUUUGUCUCGCCGUAAGCUCAAUUCAAUCCAGGCACAAGGUCUUAUCGCCAAUUUUUGUCAUACAUCACUCAAGUGUACACAAAAGAAAUCGGCUGAUAAAUUAAGCCCUGUGUCUGGACAUGAAUUUAGCUUAAGUUUAUACCCUGGAAUAAGAAAAAAAAAACACAGUUAAGUUCUGAAAUUUGGAUUCUUGAAUUAUUUGGUUCCAGGGUUGGCAAUCUACGAUAUUAGCGUUGCGGUCCUGAAUUCACGUCCGAAAGUCAGUUCUUACAAAAAAUAUUUUGAGUAUCCAACACCCCAUUCAUUCACUAAUGAAACGUUCUUCAUUUCCCUUGAGCGAACAUUGUCGUAAUUUUUUUUGUACGUCGGCAGCAAACGUGGCUAUGUCUGAAAUACACCAUACGUCAUUUUCCUCUUAAA